AUGUCGCCGCUGCGUACCUCGACAGGCCGCCUCACCCGCCAACUGGCGAAGCAGCCCAUCGCGCUCCCCCUCCACAAUGGCCUGUCAAUCCCUUCUCCAUUCCAACGAGCCUCGAUGGCCUCCCUCGUCCCUCCCGUUACUCAAGACAGCACCUCGCGCCAGGGUCCCACAGCCAUGGUCUUCAUGAACAUGGGCGGACCGUCCACCACCGCCGAAGUAGGCGACUUCCUGUCCCGCCUGUUCGCCGACGGCGACCUCAUCCCCCUGGGUCCCCUACAAGGGUACCUCGGCCCUCUCAUCUCCCGGCGCCGCACGCCCAAGAUCCAAAACCAAUACCAGGCCAUCGGCGGCGGCAGCCCCAUAAGAAAAUGGUCGGAAUACCAGUGCUCGGAAAUGUGCAAACUUCUCGACAAGCUGAGUCCUGAGACGGCCCCGCACAAACCCUACGUCGCCUUCCGGUACGCCAACCCACUGACCGAAGAGAUGUACGAAAAACUGUUGAAUGACGGCUUCGGCCGCGGACGCGGCGGCCGUGCCGUCGCCUUCACCCAGUAUCCGCAGUAUAGCUGCUCAACGACGGGGUCGUCGCUGAACGAGCUCUGGAAAUGGCGCAACCGGCUCGAAGGCAAGCGGUCUCUCGGGGACGCCAAAUCAACCGCGCCCGCGACCGCGACUGCGACUGCCACCUCAGCCCUCGAAGGCACAAUAACAUGGUCCGUCAUCGACCGGUGGCCUACGCACCCAGGUCUGGUAGAAGCGUUUGCGCAGAACAUCGAAGCCAAACUGGCCGAAUAUCCGCCCGAACGACGCAAAGAUGUCGUGAUCCUCUUCUCCGCACACUCGCUGCCCAUGAGCGUGGUCAACCGCGGUGAUCCCUACCCCGCCGAAGUGGCCGCCACAGUGCACGCGGUGAUGACCCGGCUGGGCCACUCCAACCCAUACCGCCUGUGUUGGCAGUCGCAGGUCGGACCGUCGGCGUGGCUGGGCGCGCAGACCAGCGACACGGUCAAGCAGUACGUGGCGCGCGGGCAGACGGACCUGAUCCUCGUGCCCAUCGCCUUCACGUCCGACCACAUCGAGACGCUGUACGAACUGGACCAGGAAGUCAUGCACGAGGACGCCAAGGGCCACCCGGGGGUCAAGCGCGCCGAGUCUCUGAACGGGAACCUCGUCUUCAUCCAGGCCCUGGCGGACAUUGCCCACAAGCAUCUCCAGAGCGGGGAGAGCUGUUCCCGACAGAUGGGCCUGCGCUGCCAGGGGUGUAAGAGCGAGAGGUGUCUGGAGCAGAAACGGUUCUUUGCCGGCGAGCAGGCCAAGAUCCUGCCGACUGUACGAUAA